GUGUUGUUGAAAUUUGUGCAAAGGCAAGAGAAUUAAUUUUAGCCACAUAUUCCUUAUUUUAAAUGGAAAUGACAAAUCUUUUUGGGACAUCCAAAAAAAAAAUUGACCAACAUUUUCGGGACAUCUAAAUGUAGUAGUUUGUACACGGUAAGUCCAUUAAUAUUAUAUAGGUAUAUUAAAUUUAAUACUACGUAAUUAAAAUCAAUUCUUGCCUACUCAAUAAAUUACACUUCCUAAACUGGUGGAUCAUGAAAUCUUCAAGGCUUGUGUUUCUUCUUCAAUCUUCAAGGCUUCAGGUCUUCAGCUCAGACCCAAGCAGAGGACGAGAGAAGGCAGCUUCAAGACUUUUGUCUUCAAUUGAGGAAAGCAGGAAGCGCGAGACAUUUCGACUUUACCCUACCAUACCAGCACCGCACAUCCCCAGCAGUAGCAAAGCCAAAUCGAAGUCAUCGUCCACGGAGGAUGGCGAAUCCGGCACUGGCGGCCCCAAAUCGGAGUUGUCGCCAAUUGAGGAAGAUGAAUCUGGAACCGACUGCCUCAGAUCGGAGUUGUUGUCCAUCGGAGGCACGACUAGGGAAGACAACGGAGAAGCUAGGCGAUGUUGCUGUCAUGGACGAAGCUGAGGGCAGAGACGCAAGAUGCUACCAUCGGUGAAGUUCUAUUUGUAAAGGAAAUUUUAAAAUGUUAAAUUAAGUGAUACACCAUAUUAGAACAGUAUUGGAUUGCAUUUUUAGUGCCUAAUAAAAAUUCUCUCUAACAGGAAGUGAAAUUUUCCACCUCUUCAGCCCGAGUUUUCUACUCCGUUUCGGGAGCUAGGUAUAUUUCACGAACUGCAAGAUAUAACGGAGCUUACAUCUCCAAAGUGGCGGCGGAUGUUACAGCGGCGGAGGCGGAAGUUAUGACGGUGCACAUGACAAAAGCUAGAAAGGUUUUAAUCAACUUAUGGGUCAUUAACGGAGGCGGAAGUUAUGACGGUGGACAUGACCGAAGCUAGAAAGGUUUUAAUCAACUUAUCGGUCUCAACUCUCAAGAACCGACCCUACCCGACUAGUUCAUGUAUGUUUUACCAACCGCAAGUUCGUUAAUAGCCAACCGAAGAAAUUGGAUAGACCCAAAAAAAUAUAACAAACCCGAUCCAACCUGUCCAACGUGCAUCUUAUGGGGAGGUUUUCGUGAUAGACUCGCGGCCCUCGCCCGAAUAUUCUCCGCUGGUUCGGGAGGGAGAGCACCCCUUCGUCUGUCUCUUUGAACAGGGAGUCACAUCACCGGCCGUAUGGGUCGACAAAGGAAAGUUUGAAUACUUCGUACAUGGCUGUGGCUGCAUUGAUACGGAGUAUUUAUUUGGAAGGGUUGAAAUAUUGAAUGCAUGGUUCUGAAGUUGGGCGUAAUACAAGGAUAUAAUUAAUAGGCAUAAUUUUAAUUAGUGGUAAUUACCCGUUUGAUCUACCUUUGACAACUCUAUUUCAUUUAUAGUCAAGACAUUAUUCUUUUCAUCAUUAAACUUUUCACUUUUCACUUUUAUGUUUUCUAUUUCAAAAGUAGCUUCUUACAGUUACGGAGCACAUAAACCUACUACCAUAAACCAUUCCAGCUUAAUAAUUUCCAUUACCCUCCAAAGUUCCACCACCGAACACAACACUUUACCCAUAUUUUCCGCAGAAGGAUCCGAUCGAUAAGAGAUACAACUCAAAGACGAAAUCUCUGGCAUCAUCCUCACUCAAACGUAGAGACUCGUUAAAUUCAUACAUGACAAGGUUGGAGUAUUUGCUACCGUGAUGGCUCUGGAGGAUGUAAUUGCUGCUCCGCAACUGCCAUUGCUGCCCCAGGAGCUGAAAUUAGGAGGUCCGGCGCUAUUGAUUCUUCUCACGUCGGUUUGGUGAUCAAUGGCGUGCCUAGCGAUUCGAGACUAUCGACGAUUGAAGCUGUAAGGUUUACCUGGCGUGUUUUGGGCAUUACAGAAACAGUUCAUUACAUUUGCUAUGUAUAGGUGCUCUGCAUAAGGUAUUUAGGUAAAUAAAUGCGACAAAGAUUCGUUAGUUGCACUUGUGUAUAAACUUGUUUGAGCUUAGAAUAACAACUUCUUGUAGCAUGCGAUGUCAUAUCUAAUUACUGCAUGUAUUUUUUGCAUAGGAGCUAUGAAUAUAAUCUCUAAAAAUCCUUUUGAUAUGCAUAUGUAACAAGGUUAGUUAUACAAGUGUAUUGGUUCUUUGUAAUAAUUUAUUCGGAUACUGUGCCACACUAAUUGCAUUCCCAUGGUAGACACAUUAUAGAAAAGAAGUGCAUGAAGAUGCAAGGCUCAGAAGAUUGACACGAAAAGUGAAGACAAAUGAGACAACCCUUUUCAAUUGUUUGUAAAAACACAACAUAAAAGGACAAAGAAGCAAGAAGAACCAAGACAAUAGAUGUUAUAGAUAAAUGUAAUAAAUUGUAAUAAGAGAUUGAAUUACAUAUGUUAUGAUAUUUUUAUACUGUAUGUUUUUUUGUUGAUCUUUGUUGCAUUGCAUGUGUUGCUUUUUGUUGCAUCAUGUUGCUUUUUGUUGCAUUGCACGUGUUGCUUUUUGUUGCAUCAUGUUGCUUUUUGUUGCAUCAUGUUGUUUUUUGUUGCAUCAUAUUGUUUUUUGUUGUACCGUGUUGCUUAUUAAUUUUUAUUAUUUUUAUCAUUUUUUGUCAAAAUAGAA